UUGUUAUUAGUUUGUAGGUAUAUCUAUAUAACGUUCGAUUGUCUUGGGCGGCUGGGGGAACUUGCAUCACACUUCUUGUCGUCGUCCAAUUUCUCACUCUGUUUGUCAGUUUCAAACUCGAUCCAAAUCAACGGAGUUCAUGCGUUGGUGAGGACUUCAAUCGGGUAGACAUGACGAAUACAAACCCUGUAGCAGGAUCUGGAACCGACGCCCCAAAGAUUAUUUGGAAUGAAGCUCAACAGAGGUUCGAAACAGAGGACAAGAAGGCAUAUCUUCAGUACGUGAUAAAAAAUGGGGGUAAAGUCAUGGAUAUGAUCCACACUUUCGUUCCUUCUUCCAAAAGGGGUUUGGGAUUGGCUUCUCAUCUCUGCGUCGCCGCUUUCAAUCACGCUGACGCCAAUUCCUUGCCCGUCAUUCCCUCCUGUUCCUACAUUUCCGACACCUUUCUCCCCAGGAAUCCAACUUGGAACUAUCUUUUGUACUCUGAAGAUAAGAAAUCAAACCUAUCUCCCUCUCUUUUCUCCUUCCUCCUCCCUCUCUUGUCUCCUUGGCAAUGUGAGUUGCAGAUGGCUGGCUACGGGAGACAGACGAUGUGGAGCGAAUCUUCCAACGCAGGGCGAGCAAAUUCGGCUCAUCUUCCGGCGUGUGGUGAGUAGAUCUGGCGUGGGGCAAUUUUUCCGACAUGGGAUGAUUUUUCCGACGUAGGCAAGCAGAUCGAGUGUAGGGAUAUUUUUUCAGCAUGGGGCGAGCAGAUCCAACGCGAGAUGAACCGAUUGCAUAGGGUUUUGAAUGAUGACGGUCGACAGUGAUAUAUAGGGUGGUUUAUAUAUAUAUAUAUAUACUGUCAUAUGGUGGUUUUUUGAUAUAUACUGUCAUAUGGUGAUUUUUCGUUUUCGAUAUAUAGGGUGGUUUUUUUAAAUAUACUGUGAUAUAUAUAUAUUUAUAUGUUCUUUUUGAUAUAUAUAAGAUAAUAUAUAUCUUUGAUUUUUUUAUUGAGACUUUCUUUAUUAUGAUA